CUAGUCUAUUCCUAGUGUAUAUACCACUACUCUCAGCACUCAAAUGUCUUGGUCAUGCAAGACCCAGGGCCGAAGUCUUUAUCAGAGGCAUUAACUCCGGCCCUAUUCAGUGAGGAUACUCAGAUAUAGCUCUGAAGAUGGAUCCAAUGAGAUUUUUUUUUCAGCAGCGAAUCGAGGGGUUUCAGCCCUCCUCUCACCCAAACGCCGCCUUUCAGCGAGCACCGCAUUUUGAUACAAUUGGUUCAACUUGAAGUCAGCCUGCUUCUAACCGGUUUGGAUCCGUUUCAAAAUCGUAGGGGAAUGAUGAUUUAUGCCGCUCCAUAAUAGGAUCCUACAGUGACACGUUUUUUUUUCCAAAUUACUACCAACAGCAGCUAUGUUACUUACUUUGGUAAUCUUGUUGGUAAAGACUGCAAGCCUGCAUAGAGUGGCUAUUCACAAUUUACAACUAUAUCAAUAUCAAAAGAACCAUAUGGCAUCGAGGACUCGUUGGCCCGAAUUCCUGAUUAGGCGCCCAAGUCUUCAAUCUCGCUUAUGUUCUUCUCCACCGAUAAUGGAUUUUCGUCUCUCAUUGAUUCUUUGCAGGUGGGUUUCGUUUGAGGGCUGAGCCGUUACGAUGCUUCCGACUUAUAAGAGGUAGGCAGUUGGUUGUCCCUCUUUCGCCAUGGCGAACCUAACGAUUAGAUGAUUGAAUCAUUACCCGACUUUCUUCAGGGGCUCCCUUCAGAAAUCACUUGCGCGAUUGGAUCUGAGUGUUCAUUCACCUUUCGAAGUUUCGCGCGCCUUCAGAUAUCAUCACGCUACACUUGGACGUCUUAUGCAGGCUUUGAAAUAGAUGACGGAUACGGCACCUUGGAUAACUUGUAUUUCUUCGCUCGAGAACGGAAGGGUGCUCGGUACCUAGUGGCAGACAACACGAACUCCCAGCAAACUUGGCAGUAUAUCACCGACCGUCUGGAGAAUUGCGAGAACAAUCAUAAAUCGUGCCAGCAGUCUCCAAACACUCUUCCAUCGAGACUCAUAGAGAUAAAAGAAGAAGAGGAGGGGAAGUUGCACUUUCGCCUUGUCUUGACUUCUAACAGCGGCUUCCGAGGGCGGUACAUUACGUUGAGUCACAGAUGGGGCACAAAUGCGACCUUAACGCUCACGUCGCGUAAUUUAUCUGAUUUCAUGGUUCAGAUCCCCCAGCAUGAGUUACCCAUAAAAUAUGUCGAUGCAGCGGUGCUUGCGUUGAGACUCAAGAUACCAUACUUGUGGAUAGACUCCUUAUGCAUUAUUCAAGAUUCCAGUGAUGAUUGGGAUCGAGAAAGUGGCACCAUGGACCUAGUCUACCGCAAUGCAUACUGUAAUCUGGCUGCUACAUCCGCGAUGCGUAGCUCGGAGGGUCUGUUCUAUAAGCGAUCUCCGUCACAAGUAUGCCCACAUGAGGUUCACUUGCCGAAAAUGGGAGACACGCUGGUUUUUGAUAGAAACGAUCAAACGGUUCUGGUGGAUCUCGAUGAAGAACCACUCAAUCUCAGGGCCUGGGUAUGUCAAGAGCGUCUACUAUCAACCCGAAAUAUUAGCUUCAGUCGACGAUUGGUGUACUACGAGUGCGCCGAAGAGAUUAACUGUGAGCUCGUGGGCGGCGCGCUAUCCCCUUGUGGACUUCGAUACGAUCCUGCUUGUCGGAAUCUGUGGUCGUUAACAUUCUUACGGAACAUGCCAUUCGAUGACGUCCAAACAUUUUGGCAUAAGGUAAUUGGGUUUUAUACAAAUUCGAAUCUCACAAAACGGAGCGACAAGUUGGUUGCGGUCUCAGGGAUUGCGAAAUUCUGUCAGCCAGCCUUCGGGUCGGACUAUCUAGCUGGUCUAUGGAUAUCAAAUCUAACUCGAGAUUUAUGUUGGCAUUCUCAGAAUGAUCUUCAACAUGUGUCAGAUUAUCGCGCACCUUCCUGGUCAUGGGCUUCAGUGGUUGGGAAGGUCUCUUACCGCCCCAUCGGCGAUUAUGGAAAUCUCGUGGACUUUAUAGACAUGUAUUCAACCCCAGUUGUCAGAACCAACCCAUACGGAGCGGUUCAGGAUUCGCGGAUUCGACUUUCGGGGUUCGUUUUUCCUGUAUUCCACAAGGGUUGCAACUCAUGCGAAUAUCAACCAGGGCAAAUUCGUGGCCACGGGACAAGGCCUUUCCACCUUAGGGUUUCGUUUGCGAGCAAUACACUUUUAAACGGCUGGGCCCAUUUUGUCCAAAUAGACGAUCAUGCACUUGGGAACAGCAAACCAAACGCUCCAAGUCUUUUGGAGCCAAUGGACUGCUUCUUCCUUCCAAUCCUCUGCGAAAGCGAAUAUGACUAUUGCACAGAACUGCGCCUGUACUGUCUUAUAUUGGCAGCAGUGACGCCCAGUCGUGGCAUUUACCAACGAAUCGGACUCCUGGACUUCAUCUUCAACCCAACUGACGACGGAAACUGGGCGGCAUUAGGAAGCCCUCUAAGGGAAGAUCCGACUAGCCUUGAAGAAAUGGUGGAAUGCGUGUUAUUAAUACUGGAACACAAGUUCCAGCACUGCAAGGUUCCUUCGCAUGGAGGCCAUACGCUCCAAAGGCACGAGAUCAUCCUCGUUUAGGCCAAGAACGACCGUACGUUUGCUCAAGAUUCUGAGAACUGUUGAUCUACUCGGAUGGAUAAUGUUCCAGCUUUAAGAAACAUCAUAUACCCGAGCUUGUGUCUAGAGGG